AUAGAUAGCAAGAAAUGAUGAGCACCGGAAAUGAUAAACUUGUGGCAUACUGGCGGAGCGCUUGGAAAAACUCAGACUAAAAACAGAAGGAACAAAUUCGAUGCAUCCGUCUCGGUCCUCCGGAGUUUGAGAAGCGUCGUAACCAUGUCUGAGUCGGGAGAGAUUAGCGAAUUUGCCUACAUCAUGGAAUUGCUAGCCAGAGGCAAGGUUACCAUUAAGAAUAUCGAACGAGAGCUUAUUUGCCCAGCAUGCAAGGAGCUGUUCACCCACCCUUUGAUUCUCCCUUGUCAACAUAGUAUCUGUCAUAAAUGUGUAAAAGAACUCUUACUGACACAUGAUGAUUCUGUCAAUGAUGUGGGAUCAGACAACUCCAAUCAGAGCAGUCCUCGACUUCGGUUCCCCUCUCCUAGCAUCGAUAAAAUUGACAAGAUUAACAGACCAGCACCACAACGGAGAUCUUUGGGGUGGAGAGGUCAUAAGAAGAUACUAAAUGGCUGGAAGCGCAAUUCAUUAACCCCGAGAACAACUAUAUUUCCUUGCCCUGGCUGUGAGCACGAUGUGGAUCUUGGAGAAAGAGGAAUCAAUGGUCUAUUCCGAAAUUUCACUUUGGAAACUAUUGUUGAAAGAUACCGGCAGGCAGCCAGGGCCGCCACAGCCAUUAUGUGUGACCUUUGUAAACCACCACCUCAAGAAUCCACAAAAAGUUGCAUGGACUGUAGUGCAAGCUACUGCAAUGAAUGCUUCAAAAUUUAUCACCCUUGGGGUACUGUAAAAGCUCAGCAUGAGUAUGUGGGCCCAACCACUAAUUUUAGACCCAAGAUUUUAAUGUGUCCAGAACAUGAAAUGGAGAGAAUAAACAUGUACUGUGAAUUAUGUAGGAGGCCAGUUUGUCAUCUCUGUAAGUUGGGUGGUAAUCAUUCCAAUCACCGUGUAUCCACUAUGAGCAGUGCCUAUAAAACCUUAAAGGAAAAGCUUUCAAAGGAUAUUGAUUACCUUAUUGGCAAAGAGAGCCAGGUGAAGAGUCAAAUUUCUGAACUAAACUUGUUAAUGAAAGAAACGGAGUGUAAUGGAGAGAGGGCUAAAGAAGAUGCACUCACACAUUUUGAAAAGCUCUUUGAAGUUCUAGAAGAGCGGAAAUCAUCUGUUUUGAAAGCCAUUGAUGCUUCCAAGAAACUGAGACUAGACAAAUUUCAAACUCAAGUGGAAGAAUAUCAGGGGCUUCUAGAGAACAAUGGACUUGUGGGAUAUGCUCAAGAAGUGCUUAAGGAGACGGAUCAGUCUUGCUUUGUACAGACAGCAAAACAACUCCACCUCAGAAUACAGAAAGCUACAGAAUCUUUGAGGAGCUUUAGACCUGCGGCUCAGACUUCUUUUGAAGACUAUGUUGUUAAUACAUCCAAACAAACAGAACUUCUUGGAGAAUUGUCCUUUUUCUCCAGUGGCAUCGAUGUACCAGAGAUCAAUGAGGACAGAGCAAAGUUUAUACAAUGCUUGAUAAGUUGGUAUCAUCCAGAAAAGGAUAAAGCUGAUAACUAUGUCCUCGAAUAUCGGAAGAUUAAUAGAGAUGAGGAAAUGUUGUCUUGGAAUGAGAUAGAAGUUUCUGGCACAAGUAAAGUUAUUUCAGAACUUGAAAGUAACUGUAACUACGCUUUCAGAGUAAGAGCCUACAAGGGUUCAAUCUGUAGUCCUUGCGGCAGAGAAUUGAUUCUUCAUACUCCUCCAGCUCCAGUUUUCAGUUUCCUCUUUGAUGAAAAAUGUGGCUAUAAUAAUGAACACCUCUUGUUGAACUUGAAGAGAGACCGCGUGGAAAGCAGAGCUGGAUUUAAUCUUCUGCUUGCUGCGGAACGGAUUCAAGUGGGUUAUUACACAAGCUUAGACUACAUCAUUGGAGAUGCUGGAAUCACAAAAGGGAAACACUUUUGGGCCUUCCGUGUGGAACCGUAUUCAUACCUGGUAAAAGCAGGAGUUGCUUCCAGUGAUAAACUACAAGAAUGGCUCCGUUCUCCCCGGGAUGCAGUUAGUCCAAGAUAUGAACAAGACAGUGGGCAUGACAGCGGAAGUGAAGAUGCCUGUUUCGAUUCUUCACAACCCUUUACAUUAGUUACUAUAGGCAUGAAGAAAUUUUUUAUACCCAAGUCACCUACUUCUUCUAAUGAACCUGAAAACAGAGUUCUUCCCAUGCCAACAAGUAUAGGGAUUUGCCUUGACUAUGACAAAGGUAAAGUAGGUUUCUAUGACAUGGAUCACAUGAAAUGCCUUUAUGAGCGCCAAGUGGACUGUUCGCAUACGAUGUAUCCAGCAUUUGCAUUAAUGGGCAGUGGAGGAAUUCAGCUUGAAGAACCCAUCACCGCAAAAUAUCUCGAAUACCAAGAGGACGUGUAGUUUAAGCCUGUAAUGUGAUUUAGGAUGAAAACUGUGAGCAAGAUAAUGCCGUGGUGUUAACAUUCGUAACUAAUUACAUAUCAUCUAAGUAUUCUGUCGCCACAGUUGUCUGUUGUGUAUGUUUCUUCUUAAAACACAGAAAACCUAAGCUGCCUUUCUUCUUCCAUGUUACUGUUCCGCCUUUCACAAAUAACAGGAAAAAUGCUCUCUUUCCUAGUUAACACUGAAAUGGGUAACUGGAUUGUCUUUUUUUAUGAACAGGAAAUCUAAUUUAUUUAUGUUAGCUGGUGUUGCUGAUACUUACUUUCCUUUUUUGGGGGGUAGGCAUGUAUAAUGUAUUAUGCUUCUUUGCGUUUGGUAUUUCAUUUUUAUAUCAUGUUUUGUCCAAAGAAGAUAUUUUUUAAAUGCUUUCUGGAUAGAAAUCAGUACUAAGCAUUGUGUCUUGCAUUUGUUUUUAAUAGGAAAACAAAGGUAUAGAUAGGUAAAAAGAAAAAGGCCAUAGAAAUGGCUGUAUAUUUAAGUGGAAAAUUAUGUAUUUGGAGGUGUGUAACUAAUAUUAAGGAUAUAUUGCCUGGAAAAUGAAUACUACUGUUUUUUUUAAGACCAUAAUUUAUAUUCUUAAGUACAUUUUAAAGCGUUCCCUUCACUGUAAAGCCCAUACCCGCAUGUGUAGUGAACAUGGUUUCUUGUAGGAAAAACAAAGUCCUUGAUUAACACAUGAAGUUUUUCAUUUCUUAUGAUUUUUUUCAGAAAAAUUUGUUUUCAAUUUUUCUUAGUUCUGUGAAAAUGUUUGCACUUAUAUCAAAUAAUUAUUUUUCAUAAAUAUUGGUGAAGAUACACUGGUGUUUGUCCUAUUUGGGUUUUUUUUUUCCUCAUGUCUUGUGAUUUUCAUUUUUUGGCACAAAUAUUUACAUAUCAGAUUGUCCUGGUUUAUGUUUACAUGUUUAAAAAGUUCAUUUUAAUGUUAUUAAAUAUAUUAUAAAAUGUGGAAUAACUAACUGGACAGUUGUAUGGCAUUUUCUAUGGCUCUGUUUGGUAAUGAGCAUUUAUAAUAAUAAAAAAAAUAUAAAUUUAAAUUGUUUAGGAAUAACUAAAAUCAUAAUGACUGUACAUCCUUUUAAAAGUUUUUUUUUUAAUUUGAAGAAUUACAUUUUAUCUAAAUUUUAUGUUCAUUUUUGAAAGAUGUGUUUUCUUUGGUGGUUUUAUUUAAACUGGUUAAUUUUUUUGAAGUUAAUUUAAUGGACUAACCAAAACUCUUAAGCCUUUUAAAAAAUAUGUGUAUAUUUUUUAAUGGAAAUCUAUUAUUCAGGCUGGUAGCACUAAAUUAGUCUCCACUCCUCCACCCACAACCCAAAUAGAAAAUAUCAUGGAGAAUUUCAGUGUUUAGUAGACUUUGUUACUCUCCCACCUAUGAAUAGCACUUUAUGACAUAGGCUGAACUAAACAAAUAUGCAGUGUUAUAUGGAUCAUUGUGCAAUAAAACUGCGAAAGUCACAUGUAUGGUAAAGUUUGAUUGUCCCAUGCCUGUGUAAGCACAUAUCAUGUAGACAUUUUAAAUAUUAAGCUUUAAUAGGAAUAGGAAAGCUGUUUAAAAUGUUGUAUAGUUGUAUAUAAAUUGUACUGUAUUUCUUUCAUUUUUAAUAAAAAUUAAAAGUAAAUCAAGUGUAAUUAUGGAAAUCUGGAUUCUAGGAAUUCUGUGUUUAUAUGGAAAAUGGAAACAAAUGGCUCUAAACAGAUGUUUGGCUGAAUAUAUUAAUUUAGUGCUAAAGUUUUAUAUAAAUUAUUUUGGGCAUUUAAUUAUUAGCUUUAAUCUUAUGGAAGUGAUCAUUAGAAAAGCUUAACGUGAAACUAAUUUACUUCAAUGAUUAAGCAGUUUGUCUAAUUUUUCUGAUCCAUAAUAGAUCAGAUUUUGAUCAGAUGAGAAGGCCUUUAGUUCAUAUUCAUUCUCUUGGGUUACGGGGCUCUGGUGGUUGUGGUUAGUUGUGGAUUACAAAGAAUUGUUAUUAAUGCUUGAUGAGUCUUAAUUUAAAAGAUAAAUAAGAGGAGAUUCAGGCAAUCCCUAUAGUCCAGUAUAAUCCAGUAUAGUCACUUGUCAUAUUCACAGUUGCUUUUCUUGUAAGUGGUAGGAGCCAGAGCUCUCUCCUUGGGGCUGAACACAGUCUGGUCCUGUGAAAUCUUCCCCAUAGCCGAUCGUUUGAUUAGGCCCGGAGAGUGUGUCCCCUGUGGGAACUGGAAUCAGUUGUAUUGCUACAGAGGACAACUGAGAACUAGUGUUACCAGCAAGAAUCCUCUUAUGAAAUUAUGUUCUACCAGAUGAAUUUGCAUUCAUUUUAAAGGAGUUUUACCUGCUCGCUUAUGGGAAUAACAUCCUGAGAAUUGGGGUUUCUCUUGGGACUCACUGGCUUUAAAAAUAAAUCUGAAGAAAUAAGUUUUUUAAGUUUGAUUUGGAACUACUUCAUUUCACACAGUUUUUAACUCUUGCGAUUUAUGAGACACUGGGCUGUGCCCUGGGUAUAAAGUAAACAAGACAGCCUGGCUAGGUUCCAGGCUGUGUUUCAGAGUUUAAGGUCUAGGAAGGAGAGGUGAGGAAAACGGAAGGGACUAGAGAGCACUUGAGGUGGGAGCUAAUAUUAGAUUUGGUGACCAGGAAGCCCCUCAGGAGGUGAUCGAGGUGCUAGGUAGAAUGAACAACGCAAACACAAAAAGGCUUUGGGAUAGUGAAUUGGUCAGGAAAUAGAAUUCACCCGAUGCUUCAACUGAAAAGGAGUUAAUGAAAGGAUUGCUUAGAGACAGGCAACCUUAAAGGAAGAAACAAGCAAUGGUGAGCACUGGAAAUAUUAGCCACAGCCUGAGGCCACAUUACUGCCUCUGGGGGGGCAGUGAGGAGACAAGGGGAAAGAGUGUUACUAGAUUUCAGGGAGAGUUAGAACAUUAAGGGUUGCUUGGUGUGGCUGAGGUUGCCUUGGGAGGCAGGUACUUCCAGGGUGUGUCAAGACAGAGGGAGUCAGGAAGAAAUAUUUCCACCUGAUCUGAUUUGCCGGUAUGGCCUGUUGACCAGACCCAACUGGAAGCCAGCCAGCAGGAGUUCUAGAGAUGCAGGCAGCAGGCGUCUUCUUCCUGGGGCAGGGAAGGGGAAAGCAGGCAUCUGGUAGUGGUUGGGGGUGUGUGUGUGGCCUAAAUGGACAGUAACUGGUACAGUGGGAAGGAGUUUAGUGUAUUUGAGGGGAGAAGGGGAGCCUAUUGGUCAUUGGGCUGACUGCUUAAAUAAGGGUAUUUAUAAUUAGGGUUUCCAGGACGGAAUUCCUGCCCGUUCUCAGGAAUUUUUUUGCUUUCCCGUUCCCGAAUCCCGAGAAAAAUUGGUUGGAAAUCGGCUCUUUGAACCCAGGUGGUCAGUAGUAUCGCCU